GCGCUUCUCCAGAGCCACCACGGAUAAACCGAGCGCAGCAGAGCGCGAGAGGGAGUGUGCAGGCUAUUUCUUGAAAUUAUCGAAAAUGCAAAUGAUUACAUUAUUCCAUAUCGUUUCUGCCUUAUUAUUGGCACUGGCUGUCAAUGCAGAGGUGUACUUUAAAGAGCAGUUUCUGGAUGGAGAUGCCUGGAAGAGUCGAUGGCUGAACUCAGAGCACAAGUCUGACUAUGGCCAGUUCAAACUGACUUCUGGAAACUUCUAUGGAGACGCUGAGAAAGACAAGGGUCUGCAGAGCAGUCAGGAUGCCCGUUUCUACGCCACCUCUGCCCGCUUCGAGCCCUUCAGCAACGAGGGCAAGCCUCUGGUGAUCCAGUUCACCAUCAAACACGAGCAGAAGAUCGACUGCGGAGGCGGAUACGUUAAAGUCUUCCCGGCUGAUCUCAACCAGGCUGGCAUGCACGGAGACUCCCAGUAUUACAUCAUGUUCGGGCCUGAUAUCUGUGGCUACAGCACCAAGAAGGUUCACGUCAUCUUCAACUACAAAGGCAAGAACCACCUCAUCAAGAAAGAUAUCAAAUGCAAGGAUGAUGAAUUGACUCACUUGUACACAUUGAUCCUGAAUCCGGAUCAGACGUAUGAGGUGAAGAUCGACAAUGAGAUGGUGGAGUCCGGCUCUCUGGAGGAGGACUGGGACUUCCUGCCCCCAAAGAAGAUCAAGGACCCCGAAGCCAAGAAACCUGAGGACUGGGACGACCACGCCAUGAUCGACGACGAGACGGACACCAAACCUGAGGACUGGGAUAAGCCUGAGAAUAUUCCCGAUCCUGAUGCCAAGAAGCCAGACGACUGGGAUGAGGAUAUGGACGGAGAGUGGGAACCUGCCAUGAUCCCAAACCCGGAGUACAAGGGUGAGUGGAAACCCAAACAGAUUGAUAACCCCAACUACAAGGGCGUCUGGGUGCAUCCUGAAAUCGACAACCCUGAAUACACUCCUGAUGCCGAGAUCUACAAAUUCGACAACAUUGGAGUCAUUGGGCUGGAUCUCUGGCAGGUGAAAUCCGGCACUAUAUUUGACAACUUCCUCAUCACAGACGACGUGAAGGAAGCUGAGGAUUUCGGAAAUGAAACGUGGGGUGCUACAAAGGGUCCCGAGAAGAAAAUGAAGGAGGAACAGGAUGAGAAGAAACGCAAAGAGGAGGAGGAGAAGAACAAGGAGCAGAGCACAGAAGCAGAUGAGGGGGAGGAAGAGGAGGAGGAUGAAGGCGAGGAGGAAGAGGACGAGACAGACGAGCCUCCAGAGGAGGAAGAAGACGAUGCGCUUCCCAAAGACGAACUGUAACGCAGGAAGUAGAUUACCGUUCACAUUCCGUGGUUUCCAGGGAAACGACUGCAGUGCAUUCAUUCUAAUUUGAGACGGCGAUGAUGUCGUGAUGAUGUCAUACAGGGCAACAGGGCGACCGGAAGUUCUCAACCUAUACGUUUAAUUUGUGACCAUUGAGCUUGAACGAGCCAGUUUUUUGUUAUUGAAGAGUUUUCUGUACAGUACCAGGAGUCUGAUAUAUUUGACAUCUUUAAUGCUGAUCUAUGAUCAGUUUAUUGUGCAUUUCAUGUUUGUAAAAUCAAUGCCCAUAUUAGUUCAUGACGUUGGUGUUAGUUUGAAGGAACUAGACUAAAUUAAUAAAGUUUACUUGAAUUACAGUUAUGAUUAUGGAAGGCCGUUUUCACCACGGAAUACAAAAAGAAAAAAGAUAAUCGCGACUUUGUAGCUCACAAUUCAGACGACUUCAUGUAAUUCUCAGUUUAUGUCUCACAAUUGGGACUUUUGUCUCGGAGUUCCGAGGAAAACAAUUAGAAUUGUGAGAUAUAAACUCAUAAUACUGAGGAAAAAGUGUGAAUUGUAAGAUUUAAACUCAAAAUUGUGAGAUAUAAAGUAAAAAUUGAGAUAUGAACUCAUAGCUCUGAGAUAAAAGUAUGAAUUGUGAGAAGUCAUAUUUAUCUUAAUUUAUUUAUUUAUUCUGUGGUGGAAAAAAAACAACUCAGAAUUGCAAGCAAAAAGUCAGAAAACUGGGUUUAUAUCUCACAAUUCUGAUUUUUUUUUUGUGAGAAAGAAGUCUGAACUGUGACAUAAAAAGUCACAAUUACAUUUUUAUUUGGGUUUUUUCCCGUAGUGGAAACGGACUUCCAUAUACAGUAAAGAAUGUUACUGGGAGGUUACACGGUUGUUUCUCCGCAUUGCAGAAAUGUGAUGAGCAACGAAACUGAAUAGUGGAGGAUGGUGAUUUUCGCCCUAUUGUUAUUAAUAAGAGAUUAAUCAGAUCACAGGCUGGGUUUCAAACUAUAGUCCUCAUUUCUGAAACAUGAGCAGAACAAAAUCAUUUUUGCGUAAAUUGUUGCAGGAAAACGUAUAAUGAUUUACGCAAAUUCAUUCUGCUUGUGUUUCAUCAAUGAGGGCUGAUGAAUGUUUGUACUGUAGUGCAAAAGAAAAUUACAAUGACAUAAUGUUCCUUUGGCACUGAUGAUUUAGUUUUGUUCUGUUACCGCAGUAUAUAUGCUGUGGUGGUUAUUAUAUUAAUCUCCUAAACAAGAUAUUCAGUAAAACUCCUUUUAUUUUCCAGCUCUAUUUAUUACAAAUGUCUUGCAGUUUGAGUUUGUUUUAGCUUUCAGAUGAUCAGUGGCGGUAGCAUUUGUGAUGUUCAGUUUGUAGCUGAUGUAAUUCUUUUUUUAAAUAAUCUUUUGUUACUUGAAAAUAAAUGAGCUACGAUAAGGGAUGUGGUAAUAUUUGCAGAGAUGUCAAGGCUGCAUUAAAAUACACACUGUGAACUAAAUCCCAAAUGUUCAAAUUGGAUUAGUACUGAAAAUCCUGUUUAGUGACAUUAAACCACCUUUUUACAUGUUGAGAGUUGUAAGUAAUGCCAAAGUUUUAAUAAAUAACUUUAUUGUA